CGUACGGGGAGCUGCGGAGGGCUCCCUGGUACAAGGCGAGGAGGGUGCGCUCAUCGGCCCCCUCGAUCUCCUCGGUCUCCCUCGUCCACCGAUCGAUGAAUGACCGGAGGGACUCUUCGUGCUGCUGCUUGACGGAGAGGAGGUGGGUGAAAUACUUCUUGGCGCGCUUCCUCCCGGCAAAGUGAGUGAGGAAGCGCUGGGCUAGAUCUUGCCAUGAGUCAAUGCUUCCCUCUGGCAGUCCGUUGAACCACUCGUACGCUGGCCCCUCGAGAGUAGAGAGGAACCAACGGCAGAGGUAUUCGUCGGACGCGUUCACCAUGAGCAUGUUGUUUUGAUAGCGGCUGAAGUGCUCCUGGGGGUCUGAUCGGCCAUCGUAGGAUUUGAUGGCGUUCCCCCUGUACUUCUCAGGGAUGGGGGCCGAGAGGACCCUGUUGGUGAAAGGGGUCCUCGUCCUGACCUGGAUGAUGGGGUCACCCCGCCCUUCGGCCAGCUCCCUCUCCAGGGCGCUAACUUUGUCCAUGAGCGCGUUGAGGCCGGGGUCGUUGGAGGCGCCUGCCGUAGGGACGUUGGCCGACUGUUUGGCCUCCAUCUGAGCUAGCCUCCUCUCCAGCUGGGCGAUGACCUCGUCCCGGGGGUCCCUGGCGGCCGUAGCGCCGCCCGGCUGGUUUCUCAUGCGCUCGUUGUGAGCCGCGUUGAUCUGGUGACGCACGUCAUCCUCGUGCAACUUUCCUUUGCCCUUGUCCGGGCGGGGCUGGUCCGCUGUCCGGGACACAGACCCCAAGCUUUCCCUCGGCGAGCCAGGGCGAGGAUCACCAAUCCGUCCCGCCACCCUCUCCGAACUUGGACGACGGCGCGUGUCACCAAGCCUAUUGAAGGCAGAGGCUUUUCCACGCGCUGGGGUCUGCCCGGGCCGAAGAGGGGAAGCAGGGUGGGAGUGGGACGACGCCGUGUCCUGGGCCACAACCCCCUCAUCGUUGCCUAUCUGGUCGGCCAGUGGUUGGGGACGAGGAGGCGGAGUGACGUUUCCCCCAGUCCUUGGCAAGAGUGCGCUGAGGACGGUGGGAUUCUGAGCCAAGCUGGCGAUGAUAGCCGACAGUGCGGCCUGGACCUGAGGAUCUACGGACGGAGAGGCCGCGGCCAUAGGCUGGGCCGGGGCGUGGUCCGCUUUCUCAGCUCGUUUCUUUUCCAGGCCGAGGCGGGCGUCGGGGAUCCCGCCGUUGAGUUGGUUGCGGAGGUCCGUCGUGAGGUUGAAGGCCUCCUGGAAGAGGUCUCCUCCACCGACCUGGUCGGCCGUGGCGUCCUCAUCGUGCUCCCUGGGCUCUUGGUCCUCAGGGAUGACUUUGCUGACGAGGUUGCGGUUGGACUUGGUUCUCCCCAUGAUCAGUGGUUAGCUGUGCUUGGUAGCGACGAAGGGUGCUAACUUGAUUGUUCUAGCUCUCAACGAGAGCACCAAAUGAUAGAUUAUUAACUCCUAGAUUCUAGAGAGAAGUGAGAGCUAGAGAGAGGAGUGCAAUAAUAUGCUUCAAUAGAAUGAUUUUGUAACCCCUAUAACUACUCCCAAGGGGAGUAUUUAUAGAGAAAAUUAGGGUUGGGCUCCCAAGCCUUGGGCUUGGGAGGCCCAUUUACAACUGGACCGCUACUGGGCCGAAUACAAAGCCACUAAUGGGCUGUACAGAUGAGUAAGUAUAGGAUCCGAUUCUGGGAGGUCCUCGUGGCCGACGAGGGCGUGGCCGACGAGGGCACGGCCGACGAGGGCACGGCCGACGAGGGCACGGCCGACGAGGGCACCCGGGUUCUUUGGACUUAGGAUCAUAAUCCGGGUUGGCUUCUUCUCGGCCGACGGGGGCGUCUUGGCCGACGAGGGCGCCACUCUGUUGUCGUGUGCUCUGUUCUUCCGAGUACGUGGGUCCUGGGGCUCAGACCCAUAUACUCCAUCAUCGAUAUUCAGAUCUCGACAUCUGAUUUUUCGAGAUUCUGCCUCUGAAAAUCUUUUGAUCAAUUUUCUCGAACGGUCAGUUUUAGUACAGCAAUGGGUUCAGAAUACAAUGCACAAGGGAACAGCAGUACCCCUCCUAGCCUCAGGAAGGGAGAAUAUCAAAUGUGGAGGAACAGAUUUCUAAACUUCCUCGAGCACAAAGAGAACUCUUCUGCAAUGCUCGAAUCUUUGCUUGAAGGACCAGCUGAACUCUUGAUUUCAGUUGGUGGAGAUCCAGAGAACAAUCCUCCUAUUUUUCCAGAAAUAAGGAGAAAAGUGCCGUCUGAAUACACAGAAGCUGACAAGCUUAGACUUCGUGGUGACCUUAUGGCCAAAACGUAUCUCCUUCAAGCAAUACCAAAUGAAGUUUAUGUUCUCAUUGAUAGCAUGCAGACAGCUAAGGAAAUGUGGGAUGAAAUAGAGAAGCUGCUACAAGGCACAAGCAUCAGCCUCAAAACAAAGAAGACUACGAUUCUCAUCGCUUAUGACUCCUUCAAAGCAGGUCCAGGAGAACCAUUGAAUGAGACUUACAACAGACUUGUUCAACUGGUAAAUGAACUCAGAAAGAUCAAAGUAUUCAGGUCCAAUCUGGAACUGAAUAUUAGAUUUUUAUCCAGCCUGCAUCCUGCAUGGGAAAAGACAGUGAAGGAUGUCAGAUCACGGAUAGAUUUGGAUGAAAUUGACCUCUGCACACUCUAUGAACAUCUGAAACAAUUUGUCAACGAGGUUGCCUGUGCUGAGGAUCAUCACACCACAAACCCCUUAGCUCUAGUAAUGGAUGCUCAGCCAAGAAGGACAACCACUUCACUAAAGAAGAAAAAGAAGAAGGUGGUGGUUGAAUCAGAUGAUGAUGAGAGUGACGAUGACAAAUCUGACCUAGAGGCUGAGCUAGCAGACUUACAGAAGAAGAUGGCACUGCUGGCCAAAAGAUUUGCUAAGAAGAACACCUCCUCCAACAGGCUGAGAACUUCCUCCUCAAACUACAAGCAGAAGAACCACGAUCAAGGAUCUUCUAGGAAGGCAUCAUCAGCAGAAGAAGCUCCUAAAUGUUAUAAUUGCGGCAAGCCUGGACAUGUGAUCAAAGACUGCCGCCUCCCAAAGAAGAAAGAUGCUAACUUCUACAAGCAGAAGAUGCUGUGGAAUAAGCAGAAAAUGUUGAUGGUGCAGAAAGAAGAAGAAACCUCUGCCAUGAUUGCUGAAAAUGAGAAUUGGGCAGAAGAUUCUUCUGAGGAGGAGGAAGAAGAAGACAACUAUGCUCUUAUGGCAAGUGUGGAGGGAGAUGAAAUAAAGGGUGAUGCUGCGAUCCCCGAAAGCAAGUGCUCAACAAGCUCUUUUAAAAUGGCAGGAAACACUCAAACACAGAUUGACGACGCCAUCUACCCUAAGGGCAAGUGGAUCAAGAUUUGAAAGAGAAUUGUCCAUCUUCCUCUCCAUUCCAAGUGAUAACUCCUGAGGUAUCAGCAGAAACAAGACUAGUGGCUUGUUCAUCAAUGGCACAGAUCCUUCUCCAGAUUGCAGAGUCAGUAAUGAGUUGCUUUCUCCUUCUAAUAUGAACAAAAGAGCGAUAAAAAUGAGUAUUGCUAUCACCUUCUGAUAGCCAUUGUAAAUUUGGAACCCUCAUAGGGUAAAUCAAUCAUAUUAGAGGCAGAAAUGCAAUCAGAAAAGUCGUUUAUACCUCUGACAGGAGUGUGUCUGCCAUAAAUACCAAUAGCCCAUCCAGAAAAAGCACCUCCUUGAAUUCUGCAAUGAACAUACUGAGAAUGCCAAGUAAAACCUGAAAGUGUCACCGCAGAGGGAUCCCAGAAGAUCCAGAUUUUGUUGAUAGCAGAAGAGAUGUAUGCAUGGGUUGUUGUUGUGCUUCUACAUGCUCAAGAGGACCUUGAUCAGAGUGAUCAAUUCCAGACUCAGUAUCACGACCUUGCAUCUUCUGCACCAAAUUGUCCACCUUUUCAUAGAUGUCAGACCAGGAGUCCAAGAAGUUAUCAGGCUGAACUUCAGUCUCAUGCUCCCCAUCUGAUAAGCAGCCCUUGUGGAUAAUUAUGGCUUUACCCCCAAUCUUAUGUUCCAUGUUCUUUAUGAAAGUGUCAUCC